UAGUUCGCACGCGUCGUUUUCUCCUUCGUCUAGGUUAGUUUUCUUCUCUCACCGCCGAUUAUCGUAUACUUUUUUUGCAACAUUUUUGGCGCGUAUUUUUAUUCGCCGAAACAUUUUACAAUUCGUAUUUUUUCGGUUACGUAUUUUUUUUGAAUUAUUUUUUUUUUUUUAAUUUCAAUUUUGUGACGAGUUUUUCGAGUUAACGUGUAUUUUUUCUUUCGUAUUUUUUUUUUUACUUUUGUUCUAUUUUUCGGUGUUUUUGAUUUCUCGUGUCGAGUGUGUGAAUUUUAUCACUGAGCGGAUUUUUUGCAGACGCAAGAAGACGCUGCAAAGAGAGAGGCAGAGAGACGAGCAACGCAAACAAAAACAAUCUAAAUUUUUAUGCCCAGUGAAGUGGUUUUUCAGUCGCCGUGCAAGAUGAUCGCGAACUUUUUAACGCAGUGAUGAAAAGCAACGUAAGAAAAGUUUUCACAUCACAAUGUGAUAUGUUUAACGUCAAGAUGCGUCUUCUUCGUCUUCUUCGAUCAGCACCGUAAGUCUGCUCAGCCUCAAUACUCUCGCAUCUCUUUGCAAUUCGCGUCCGUCGCGUCGCGACGAAAAAUGAACCCCAAUGAUGCAGACCAGAUAACAGAUGCCGAUGCUUUGUUACCGAACGGCUGCGAAUUAAUUAGCUAUAUCGAUGACGGAUCAUCGACAGGACGUACCAAAUGCGCAGUCAUCGUUCGCAACGGAGGAAAUUCUUCGCCCAAUGGCGCCGAACCUUUGCUGGGCUCUUCGCAAGGCAAACCGUCUCAAAACUGUUGUCAAGAAAAAGUCGACCCCAAAGUACACCUACACGAUCCGAUUUCCUACGCUAUAGGAGAAUUUGGAAGAUGGCAGUGUCAACUCACAUUCCUACUAGCUUUGUUCAAUUUCCCAUGCACGUGGCACAUAUUCGUGCUGACCUUUCAGGGGAACACAGGCGGAGACUUUUGGUGCGCCAGGCCGCCAAAUUUAAAGGAUAUGCCAGUCUCGGAAUGGAUGAAUCUUAGCGGCACCAAUGAACUGACGCACAAAGGCAGCAGUCGGUACAACCCGUGCGUUAUUAAAGAUCUCAAUUAUAAUAAUUUAAGUUACGCGUUAUCCAACGAUGUGCAAGCUACGAGUAAAUGUAGUUCAUGGGAAUUCGCAGCCAGUCGAACAGGAGAUACCAUUGUAUCGGAGUGGAGUCUCGUAUGCGACAAAGAGCAAUUACGCGCUGUCGCCGAGAUGAUGUUUUUGUUGGGAGUUGCCUUAGGAGGAUUCUUUUCCGGAUUAGUAUCCGAUAGAUUUGGCCGAAAGAAGACCCUAAUGACGUCACUACUGUUGCAAAUCAUCAUUGGUAUUUUGGUAGCAGUUUCGCCAUGGUUCGAGCUAUUUCUCAUAUUGAGAGCCAUUCUGGGUUUCGUUUGCGUUAGCAUCGUAUUCAGCGGAUUGAUUUUAUGUAUGGAAUUGGUUGGUGGAAAAUGGCUGACGAUAUCCGGAGUCUCGUAUAUGUUCCCGGUGCCACUAAGUUACAUUAUCAUCGCCGGUAUUGCUUACGUAACCCACGGCUGGAGAAGUCUACAGUUAGCUAUUACGCUACCAUCUAUAUUAUUUUUAGGACUAUGGUGGAUAUUACCAGAAUCUCCGAGAUGGCUAUUAGCGAUGGGAAAAGUAGACGAGGUUGUCGAAGUACUCAAGGAAGCAGCUCGAGUCAAUAAAAAAGCUCUUCCGUCCAACAUCGAUAAGAUUUUAAAACAGAGUAUAUCUGCGGUUGACUUAACCGAUAGACCGAAAGGAAGAGUAUUGGAUUUAUUUAGAACGCCGACAAUUCGUCUAAUCUCGCUGGUACUGUAUGUGGUAUGGUUCAGCGUAUACUUGGUGUAUUACGGAUUGGUUUUAAACCUAUCUAAUAUCGGAGGCGAUGUGUACGUGAAUUCCAUCAUUUCUGGUCUAGUUGAAGUUCCUGCAAUAGCUUUAAGUAUUUUAAUAUUGUUAAAAAUGGGCCGCAGAGCGCCGCUGUGUUUGACAUUGGUGUGCUCCGGAGUCGCAUGUUUCCUUACAUUAAUCGUACCAAUUAGUAAUAACGUAAACGGUAACGCUUGGGAAUGGCUAACAAUAACAUUAGCGAUGAUCGGUAAAUUUUCCAUCUCUUCGUCGAACGUAGUCAUGCCGGUAUUUACAGCUGAACUGUUUCCCACCGUAAUUAGAAAUUUGGGCGUAGGUUCGUCGAACGUACCAGCAGGAAUUGCCUUAAUGAUCGUCCCAUAUUUAUGGAACAUGGCCGCGAUGAAUUAUCAUUUACCAAUGACAAUACUAGGAAUGACAGGCAUUAUUGGCGGCUUAUCAGUAUUAUUGUUACCAGAAACAGCUAAUCAAGGAUUAACCGAUACGUUAGAUGAUAUUGAAGAAGAAACCAGCGCUAAAAAACCAAAAGAAGUCGAACCAGUUAAAUAAAAAAAAAAAAUGAAAUUCGAGUUACCCACAACCCCAAUUGAAGGCAUUUUUUUCCAAGUACCAGUACCUACCUACCGCAAAUCCAUAUUGUUUAUUUUAGUGUUGUACUGUAAAUAGUUUAUGUAAUUUUCAUUUUUUUUCUUUCUGUUUUUAAAAAAAUUUUACUCGCAAAAUUAAUUUAUAUACUAUGUCUUAUUCUACGACUAUAAUUUAUGUAUAAAUUUUACCUACUUUAUGUUUUUUUUUUUUUUUUUUUUUUUUUUUUUUUUUUUAUAAGUUA